AUGGGCGACCUACAAUUUGCGAAACAGUUCCUGACGACAUUAGAUAACAAGGCGAACAAAUACCCAGCUGACCAUGUCUUCGACCCCAAAACCUUCCAGAUGCGCAUACCUUACACACUCCCCAAGCUUUCGAGCCCUCCGCACCCUCUGCCACCGAAGACGACAGCCUCGGCGCGUGCGCCCGGCUCGGAAUCAGCAUCCUCCACCAUAGCUGUUACCUUGAAAUCUGCACGGAAUCCUAACAUGACUCUUAUGGUCCCAUCCGUGGAUCCCUCCACUACGACGAUUCAUGCAUUGAAAGAGCAAGUACAGUCUUACCUGGGCGGCCCCACAGUGGUGCACAUCGAUAAAAUCAAGGUGCUGUUGGAUAAGAAGCCAGUACCGCCGUCAAAAAGGACGGUCGCAGAAGCACUGCAGCAGAGGGGUCAGGAAGGAGAGGUCGAGUUUGGUGUCAUGGUCAUGGGCGGCGCCCCUGAUCCGCCCCCACAGACACAAGAAGCUGCACCUGAUGCGCAGACGGCGUCCGCUCCUUCUUCAGAAGAGGCGGUAGUUGAGGUGGAGCAGAAGAAGCCAGAGCCCACGCCGAUGGAGGAUGUUGAGCCAGCAUCGACAUCCCCUGCCGCUCCAGUGCAACCGGGAGGAGUGAGCGGGCAGGAUGUGCUCAAGUCCAGCGAGUUCUGGGACGAUUUGCAAGGGUUCCUGGAACAGAGACUACGCGAUCAGGCCGAGGCAGUCAAAUUGAGGGAGUUGUUCGAACGGACAUGGAGUGGUGCAAACUCGGGCCUGUAG